UACGUAAAUCUAAAUAAUUUAAUAAAAAAACAUAAGAAAAGUUAGAUUCAGAAAAAUAUAGUCUAAAAUUAUAUAGCAAACAAUUUGAAUAGUAUGUUAAUAAGAUUUCACUUCUGUAAUCUGAGAUUUUACUCUGCACUCAGUGUUUCAAAAAUUUGCAACAUGAACACCAACAAAUGUUACCUUAGAUAUGUUCAAGACGACGAAAGAGUGGACAUAACAUUUCUUUUAAAAAUAAAAGAUUCCAUACGACAAUUCAAUUUGAGCCGAAGUCCCUCUGAAGACAUAGCUUCUCUCACCACACGUAUUGAAUCAAACGUACAAAAGGUUAUUAAUAAAAAUAAUAGAAAGAAACUUGUUAGUGACAAUAAGGUAACUAUUAAAAUUUGUACCAAAACUGGAUUGUUCCCUGAAAGAUCUACUUGCAAAGAUUUGUUUGAAUUUAGACAACCACUCAUGAUGAAAAUCAAUGAUGAAAAUUAUGAAAUUGUCUUCAAUGAACCAUGGAUAACAAGCAUAGGUAUAUCACAAAGUAUUCUAGCUGGCUUUCCAGUAUAUCCUGAAAAUUUGAAAAUGCUCUUUUCUGAUAUAAAAAAAUGUCAGUUUAAAUGGUACAGAGGUAAAGCUGUUAAUGAAAAAGGAAAAACUAUGAGUGAUGAAAAUAUACAGUGGGAGUUUAUAUGUGAAAACUUCUCCUAUAUUCCUACAUUGAAUGACAUUGGAAUGAAGCUUAAAGUGCAAUGCAUUCCAGGAAAUGAAGUUACUUCAGGCCCUGCUGUGGAUGCAAUAUCCAAAGGUGUUGUGGAAGCAGGUCCCGGCAAAUGUCCUUUUGAAACAAGGCACAUGUUUACAACCUCUUUUCUCAAAGGCAAAAGUUUUCGCUGUGUUUCUUAUAAUAUUUUAGCUGAUUUAUAUUGCGAUUCUGAAUUCACAAGGACUGUGCUUCAUCCUUAUUGCCCGCCAUAUGCUCUUAAUAUAGAUUAUAGAAAACAAUUAUUAAUGAAAGAAUUACUAGGAUACAAUGCUGAUAUAAUAUGUCUUCAAGAAGUAGAUAGAAAAAUAUUUCAACAUUGGUUGUCUCCCUUUCUUGACAAUGCUGGAUUUAAGGGACAGUUUUACAGAAAAGGAAAAGAGGUUGCAGAAGGACUUGCUUGUUUUUAUAGAUCAUUAAGGUUUAGGUUCUUAGGGGAAGAAAAAAUAAUCUUAUCAGAAGCAAUUAAAAGUUAUCCAUGCUUACAGAGUAUAUGGAAUAUCAUAAAGACCAAUGGUCCACUUGUAGAACGACUUUUAGACAGAUCUACAGUAGCUAGUGUUACAUUCUUGGAGUCUGUAGAAAAUUCGGACGAACUGCUACUUGUUGGAAAUACACAUUUGUAUUUCCACCCCGAUGCUGAUCACAUAAGACUGAUUCAAGGUGGCAUUUUUAUUUAUUGGAUAAACGAUGUUAGGAAAAAAAUUAUGGAAAAGUUUCCCGAUAAAAAAAUUAGCUUGAUUUUGUGCGGCGAUUAUAACAGUGUACCAACUUGCGGAAUAUAUCAAUUGUAUACAACAGGAAUAGCACCAAGUACAUUGCCAGAUUGGAAAUCCAAUGAGACCGAAAGUGUACAAGGUUUGAAUCUGGAGCAGGAUAUUUUACUGGCCAGUGCAUGUGGUACACCAACAUACACAAAUUUUACUGCUGAAUUUGCUGAUUGUUUGGAUUAUAUAUUUUAUGACACAUCCAGUUUAGAGGUUGAACAGGUAAUUCCGUUCCCGAGUAUAGAUGAGUUAAAAGCCAACGUUGCCUUACCAAGUGUUGUUUUUCCAUCGGACCACAUAGCUUUAAUAUCAGAUUUACGAUUCAAAUGAAAAAAAUAUUUACAUUAGUAAAUUACAAAGUUUCAUUGUUAUUACAAUUUAACCAUUACUAUUUGUGUAAUUUCAAUAGAGUUUUCUUUUAGCA